AUGGAUUAUGACAAAUAUGACAUUCUUAAUGAUGAUGUAUGUGUAGGGCUAGAAAAUGAUGAUUUCAGUGCAUAUCUCAAUGAUGAAGGUGAACAAGCUGGUGAUAAAAAAGGAAACUAUACAAAUUUUUAUGGACAAAAGGGAUCUGGAAGCUAUGGAGCUGGUGGUUAUUGGUUGUCAGGGCAAGGAUCUCAGUAUACAUGUGGAAGAAGUUUUGAACCUAGUGGAGGCAAUGGACCACCCCUCCCAACAAAAGAUAUCAGGCUUAAUCCUAUAGGUUUCCUGAUUAGAUGUGGUGUUCCAAAGCAGUAUUUGAGAGGGAUGCCUAGAGCACUACUUAAACUUAUGGAGCCUCAAUUUUGUGGAGUUUGUAAUAUGAAACUUGAAAAUGAUAACUCAACUCGUUUACAUUAUAAUUCUAAAAACCACACCAGCAAGCAGAAAAAAUGGCUCGCCCAACGAGCAGAGCUUGGCCCUCACCGUCCCAAUGAGACUGCACUCAAAGCGCGUGAAUUGUAUUGCGAGCUGUGUGAUGUUCACAUCACAUCAAAGACUCACGCUGACUCGCAUUAUUUGGGGAAAUCACAUCGCGGGGUUGUCGAGGGUCGCAGGGAGCCAAAGAACCGAUAUUUAUUACAAAGAGGCAUGGAAGGUCGUUUAUAUUCACUUAUUCGUCGCGAAAAGAAGUACUUAAAAUCCGCUGAAGCAAUUCAGAAAUCUACUUCGAAGCCCAAGGAACCCGUCAAGGUAGUCGCGCGUCCGGAUUUAGAACUGUGCUGUAAAAUCUGCAAGGUUACAGUUACAUGCAUCGAGCAGAUGGCUAGUCAUAUGAACGGUAAAAAGCAUCUCUCCAAAGAAAAACAACAUAUUCUUAAAAUGAUGAAAUUGAAACCUGGUGCACCUGAAGAUGCAAAUAAAACAGUUAGUGAUGCUGAUGAUGCCUCAAAACACGACGUAGCUAAAACUUCAGAAACUCCGGUACAAAAAGAGUGUGAAGGUGAUAAUUGGUGUGAUGGAGAUGGCACUUGGGAAGACUGA